GCUGCGUCUUCUUCAUGUUGACAUGGACCUUCUUACACAGUACAUGGGUAUCUUCAGUAACUUGGUGCAAGUGCAAAUCUCAGUUCAUCAGUUUAACGUCACUCAAUCUGCUGCAACCAAGACCCAAAUGUGAGUAUGGAGUCCUUGACAUGGCGGGUAAUACUGACGAAUAUGUGCAGAGAAGUGCUGGGGGACAAUAUUAAAAUAGCACUCAAAGGAAUCCGCCAGGCCCAAAAGAACCAAGAAUCUCGGCUUCCGCUGCCCGAGGACUGGCAGAAGCAAGUACGGAAAGAAGUGAAAAGGCUUCUAAGACAGGAAAUGUCACAUAUGAAGAGGGCCGUGGCUGAUAGUGACACGAGCUCUGGGCCAUCCUCUGGUCUAUCGCCACCAGGGCCGUCGCCAUCCACUCCCCUGACCACCCCUUCAUCUCAGCCCAACAGCCCAAUCAGAGACCCAAGCAUCAAUGGACAGCCCUCUAGCCCGUCCAGAUUCCUGUCAGAGCGCACAAGUCCAAGGACCAACCAGCCUAGUGCAGCACGUGCUACUUUCUCUCUAGAUUCAGAGGUUUCUUACGUUAGUGGGCACCAGGACUCCACCGCGAAUUCAGGCGCAGGACUUCAUCCGCCCCUCCCUACUGUCAAUGGAGAAGAAGAUGAUGAAGCAGAAAUCGAAGGUGAGGGCCAGGGAAUAUACAUGCCAACACCCUUGUUUGGCCCACCCAUACCGCGAAGUCGCGUACCCAACGCACGAGUUUCAACUGCUAGCCUCAAUCACGACCACCGCAUAUCGUCAAUAUCUCCACCCAACAAGUCGCGGAAGGAGAGUCGAUCCAGAGCCCAUGAUGCCAGUACCUCGCCACGACCCAGUACCGACAGGCACGUGAAAUAGGAUAUCAGGUUGUAUUGAAGCGGUUGUAGCACGAGUUGUUUACUCCACCUUGAAUUUGACAAUGUAGCAAUCCUGUCCAGAAGGGAAAUAUGAUAGUACUUCCAACG